AUGGAUAUGUGUUCUGAAGAAGCCAGAAGGAUUCUGGAUCAGAUACAAAAUGCUUUUUCAUGGAAUGAAGUGGCGUUGAAACAUAUAUCUCGUGCAAAAGAUUUAAUGGACCGUAGAAUUCCUGCAAGAAUUUCAAUUUCUCCUGCAGAAUCAUGUCUAUCAGGGAGAAUUCCAAUUGUGGAUGUUCUACUUUUUGACCCUUUUAGCUUAAAUAAAAAGAUUGAAGCUCUUUUAGAAAGCAGACAUACUUUGUUUUUCAUGACAGAUUCGUUGAAAAAAGCUAUUAUACGAUAUGCUCCGGAAGCAAGAAUGAUAAAAAAUGAUGAUCAUUUAAUUAUUGAAAUUCCUCAUUAUUUUCUCGAAAAAAAUAAUAUAGAAUUAAUUGAACAUAGAGGUAGGUUUUUUGGGAAAAGAGUCUACUUUUCUAAGGGAAAAGAAGAUCCUAUUCAAUGUUCGUCUUUUAUUUAUGAUAGAUCAGUUAUAUAUUGUCAAAAAAUUUCAUUAUGCAAUUUAUUAAUUUUGAAAAAUUCUAUGUUUAUAAUUGAAGCAAAACCUUCUACUUUUCCCGUAUUUCGUGAUUUUUUUGAUAAUGUUAUUCCGAUUUCGUCUUUAGGUGUUAAGAGUGCUAUAAAAAAUCUUUCAUCGUCUUCUUUAAAUAUAUCUGAUUAUGAAAAUUUGUUAGUAUAUACUAAUUACUCAUCAUUAAGAGAUUUGACUUUUUGCUUUAAGUUUUAUGAUAUUAUAACUAAUGUUGUUAUUGAAAUAGAAAAGAUUAUUAAAAAUUUAGAACUUGAAAUUUUUGAAAUACAUUCUUUAAAACAAGCUCAGGAUAUUUUAAUAAAAAAAGUAGAUACUUGGGUGGAAGAUGCUUAUAAGGAAUUAUUUCAUAAUAUUCAGAAUAUGAAUAUUUGUUGGGUUAAACUAAAAUUUUGGAAACUUUUUUGGAGAGUUGAUGAUGUUUUAAUUACUGUAAAAGAAAUAGUUCAAAAUACAUUUCUUGUUGAUUCAGAAGCGAAAAUGUAUUUUUUAAUUGGGCAAGUUUCAAAUAAAUAUUCUAUUUUUUUAUCUAAAUCUCCAAUAAAUAUAUUACGAAAAAAAAUAUUGGGACAUCCUUUAUAUAUAUUGUCUCGAAUUUCUCAAGUGGAAUUACUUAAAAGUAUUUUUAUGAUAUCAGGGAGCGGUUUUUUGACUAUAUAUUUAUAUAUUAUAUGUAAUUUUUCUUUAUAUUCAUCAAUAUCUAUGAUUUCUUUGGGAAUAGCAUGUUCAUUUAUUGUUUUACGGUCUUCUUGGAAUAAAGCAAAGAGAAAUUUUGAAAAUGAAAUGAUAAAAGAAGGAAAAUUAGGACUUCAAAUGAUUGAGGAAAAUCUUCGUUCUAUUAUUAAAAAUGAGAAAUUUUAUAUUUUAGAAGAAAAAAAAAAGUAUCUUACAGAAGCUAAGAAAAUAUUAGAAAAGAUAAAUUCAAAUAUUGUGCGUCUAAAUUAA